AAAUAAAAAAAGAAAUCUUGAAUGCUGAACAAAACUUGUUAUCAGCAUCGGUAAUUCAAGUUGAUCGGAUUGGACCGGUCAAAUGAACUGAACUGGACUGGCCUUGCAUGGGAAUAACUGAAUGAGUUACCUUUAAAGAUCUGGGCAAUUAUAUGUGGCAGCGUCUUUAUAUAUUGAGACCUUCCCUCUUAGUUCUGUCGCAGACCCAUUCUCCAUUACCACUCUGCUUCCUUCCCUAUCACUAUCUUCAUAACUUCCAUUUGCAAAUCCUCCCCACCUCUGUCCAUGGCAGCCUUUUCAUUCCAAUGCCACCCUUUUCUUGUUGACUCUCCACUUUUCUCUAGUGCUCCCAUUAAGACGACAGCUUUCACUGACCAGGCUCAGGUUCAGCCUCAGCCUCAUACGAACCCUGCUCCUCAGUUUCACGAGACAUCUUUUCACAUCACAAAUCAGGAGAAUAGCUUUGUUGAUCAGAACUCCAAGUUUAACAUGAGUGAUAAUGAGCCUCCUUCUGUCACCAAAAACCAGAGUCCUGAGACCUCUGUGGUGUUGGAUAAGCUUGAACCUGGUGAGCAGGUCACUCAGAAGGUGACUCCUAUGGAGAAGAAGAGAAACAGGAAUCGUUCGAGUCAUCCUCAAUCUAAGGAAGCUACCGGGGAAAGAAAGAAGAAACAGAAGAAGAGCAACAACGGAGAGGCGAAAGAAGGAGAUAAGCCAAAAGAUGAGAAGAAGAAUCAGAAGAAGAGUCCUGAAGAACCUCCAACAGGUUAUAUCCACGUGAGAGCAAGAAGAGGUCAGGCAACCGAUAGCCACAGCCUAGCUGAAAGGGUAAGAAGAGAGAAGAUAAGUGAGAGGAUGAAGAUGUUGCAGCGACUCGUUCCAGGCUGUGAUAAGGUGACUGGAAAAGCCCUCAUGUUGGAUGAAAUAAUCAAUUAUGUUCAGUCCCUACAGAAUCAAGUGGAGUUCUUGUCAAUGAAACUUGCUUCUGUGAACCCCGUGUACUAUGACUUCACAAUGGACCUAGACUCCCUCAUGGUCAGACCAGAGAAAUCAAAUUUCGUGCCAUCUGUGCCACAAUGCAGCCUCAACCAGGCGACAACUUUUGCUGAUACAAGCAUCACCACCACCACUCCCAUGGGCUUUCCUACUGCUAAUGACUAUCCUUCGGACAAUUCGGCUUCUUUUUCUCUUCAAGGACAGAGGUCUAAUGUCUUAUCUGAGGACACGAGUAGUCAAUUCUGGGACAUAGAAGACCCACGCCAAAAGUUUCUUCAUCCAUAUGGGAUCAACAACAGCUUAUGUUUCUUUCAUUAACAAUAAAUUUAUAUCCAGCUGCCCUGCAAGGCAACAAACAUGUUAGGAUUUAUCUAUUCCAGUAGGUACGGGAAUUGCAGACAGCCACGAGAAUCAUCGAAAAAGAAGUUCUUAUGCUCGAAAAACCAGAGCCACGCUUGGAACCAGCGUUAUCAGUUGGAGAAGAAAUUAAAAUUAGUUGCCAUAAUACUCUGGCUUGGUUCCUAGUCCAUCCGAUAAAAGUGGCCUUUGGACAUGAAUAAAGGGAAGCAAAAUUAAUGGAUGAAGAACCCAGAGGACAUAUACUACCGACCAAACAUGACCAUAUCUUUUCUAGAUUCAUUGUUCUGUUCCUGUUAUUUUUAACUCUCCAAGUGAUAUGUUGCACAUAUUCCAAGAUGCUCUGGGUCAAUCAUAAAGACAUCAGACUUUGAAUAGAUUACUUCAAUCAUGUAAAUUACAUUAUAUAUAUACAUAAAAGAUUCUUGUGGUGGCAGUUUUUCCGUUGCAACAGUUAAUUUCACCGUUAUUGGGAAAUGAGAGGCUGACCUAUUAUCAUGUUCUUG